CUCUCUCUCUCUCUCUCUCUCUCUCUCCAGCUGCGUUGUCUCCGUCAAUUGAAGCCCUUCUGGAUCAAAUUCCUAGUUGGUAGAACCAAAUUUUGGGUGGAGAAGAUGUCGGGGAAAGGCGCAAAGGGUUUAAUUACGGGCAAAACCACAGCAGCUGCCAACAACAACAACAAAGACAAAGACAAGAAGAAACCCACUUCUCGCUCUUCUCGUGCUGGUCUCCAGUUUCCUGUUGGUCGGAUCCAUCGUCUACUGAAAGAAAGAACCAUGGCAAAUGGGAGAGUGGGAGCCACCGCGGCUGUCUAUUCUGCAGCUAUCUUGGAGUAUUUGACAGCAGAGGUGUUGGAGUUAGCUGGGAAUGCGAGCAAGGAUCUCAAGGUGAAACGUAUCACUCCAAGACAUUUGCAGCUUGCAAUUCGAGGUGAUGAAGAACUUGACACCCUGAUCAAAGGAACCAUUGCUGGUGGAGGUGUGAUUCCGCACAUCCACAAGUCGCUCAUCAACAAGUCAUCCAAAGAAUAGCUUGCACAGGGCAGUGGUUUCUUCUGCUUGCUUGCUUGUGGAUAAAGUUUCUUUUUCUACUAGAAUUAGUAGCAUUGACAUGCAUUUAUGUUUCUAAAUGGUUGGCCAUAUCCAAUCUGGGUUCUGAUGUAGUUGUGCUGGACAUGUAUUUGUGUCAUUUUGGGUUACAUCAUGUUCAUGUUGUGUUUGGAUUGACAUGUGUAAUCCGUGAACCCGUAGUGUCAAAAAUCUCCAUGUUCCCAGCUGAAGAGACCAAAUUAUAUUAUCAAGAAGUUGGCCUCAUGGCAAUCCUCGAAAAGGCAAAACUAGAGCAACUUCAAACACCAUUACAACCGAAACAAGAAAGCCCAACCCUACUCCAGAAUCAUGAACAACGAUUGCUGAAACCACCAAGAAUGUGAAAUAACCAUUUCAGAUGGUCGCCACCUUUGGAACGUCCACCGGAAACAUGUCAAUCUCAGCCAUCCAUGGGUUCUUCUCCUUUGCUGGCUUUAUGGUCCUCAAAGCUUUCCAAAUUCCACUGUUACAUUUGAACCCUGACCCAAAUGCUAUCUGCCAUACUCUGUCUCCCCUUUUCACUCUACCCUUGGCUUCUGUAUAAGCCAAUUCAUACCACGGUGAGCUGCUAGAGGUAUUGCCGAAUCGAUAGAGUGUCAUCCUCGAAGGCUCCAUAUGCCAGUUAGAAAGGUGCAUGUUCUUCUCUAUUUCAUCCAAAACACCUCUUCCUCCCGCAUGGAUGCAGAAAUGCUCGAAAGCAAGCUUAAAAUCUGGAAUAUAAGGCUUGAACUUCAUCUUGAGAAGCUUUCUCCCAACUAAUGUGGCAAAGAAGAGUAAUUGUUCAGACAUGGGCAGAACAAGAGGACCCAAUGUAGUGAUGUUGGUUUUCAAAGCAUCACCAGCAACAGCCAUGAGCUCCUUAGACAAAGAAACACCAACCUUUCCAUUGGAAUCCUCUUCUUGGGUCACACAGGCAAAGCACUUAUCAUCAGCGCCCUUGUGCGUGCGGACAGUGUGCACCAAUCGAUAUUUGGAUCUUCUUCUCUCAGAAAAUUUGUUAGAAAGCAGCACUGCAGCCCCACCCAUUCGAAAUAAGCAAUUUGAAACAAGUUUUGACCGAUCAUUCCCAAAGUACCAGUUCAAAGUGAUAUUUUCCAUGCUGACAACCAAGGCAUAUGAGUUAGGAUGGACCUGAAGAAGUUUUUUAGCAAGAUCAAUUGAUAUUAGACCUGCACUGCAGCCCAUGCCACCUAAAUUGUAGCUAACGAUAUUUCCUAGAAGCUUGUAAUGGUUGAUAAUCAUGGCAGAUAAAGAUGGGGUUGGAUUGAACAAGCUACAAUUCACAACUAUGAUUCCAAUGUCUUUGGGUCUUACAGAGGUCUUAGCUAGAAGUUCAUCAAUGGCCCCGAACAUCACUGCCUCGGCUUCCUUUCUAGCUUCUUUCAACGAUGGAUUUGGAGGCAUAUUCAUGACAGCCUCAGGAAGGUAAGUGUGAUCCCCAAGGCCAGAUCUUUCAAGUAUCUUUCUCUGAAAUGCAAGAUUCUCCUCUGUAAAUGCACUAGUUAACUGAGACUGAUCCACAAAUAUCUUCAUCGUGCACCUUCGAGCUUCAUCGGGCUUGUAGCAUGAGAAGUCCACCAGGUAAACAGGGCGGGGACGAGUGAGGAAGUAGAUGGUGGAUAUAAAAACUAGAAGAGAAGAGCAGAGGAUAACAGAGAUAAGGUUAUACUGGAGGUUAUCCCAAAGAUCAUAUAGAUCUUGGAUAGAAAAUGUUGAGAUUUGAGCAGCAAUUAUGACCACAAGAGGGGAAAGGAAGAGGAACAUUCCAUGAGUUAUAAGGUAAUGAUAGCCAAGCAUAACAUAUUUUCAGCUUGACUGAUUUCUGAUAAUCUGGGAGCUUCUGUGAUGAUGGCGGCAUCAAUGGAGUGUUCACUUUUGGUUCCAUCAUUUUUCUCCC